UAAAACUCAGAGUUCGAAAACGCAUGGUUUAUCACCUCAAAGCAUUGUCAAAUAAGUUUUUAGCUUAUUAGGAGCGAGUCUUGUAUUUUUAUUGGAUAAGAGGAGCCGUUUCACGUGUGAGCCCUCUUAGAGAACUCCGGAUAAGAGCAUCAGGUAGUUCUUGGAGGAGGGCACAGCCUUAGGCCAAAGAUUUAAGAUGAAAGUGGCUGAUGGAGUGUGGACCAGACUAGAGGAGGAGAUGAGUAGGACCUCACAACAGGUGUGAAAUUGUAUUCUGAGUUUGUAUGGCCAUCUAUUGAAUGCAGAAUAAAAGAUAAAUGGCCCAGAUAGAGGAAGGCCUUGAAGAGGCAGCUGUUGGCCAUGAUGACAACUCGUCUGAUGAAGGCUGUACAGCUACAGUAGCAACACAGGUUUCCUCCAGCUGGGAUUGGCUCCUAAACCUGUGCAUCUCUCACGUACGGAGGCCCAGAAGACUCAACACUGACGGUAGACAAUGAUACUUUACCUAUUCUGGUAUAUGAGGUGUUAAUAAAGAGCAACAUUUCCGUGAUUUGGGAAUGUUUAAUUAUAUGAAAAAAAGACUACUAAUCACACCAGUCCCAACAUAAACAACCGCUUUAUGGUGUGGUGUGAGAAUGUGAGUCUGAAAUUGUUUAACAGCAGACGUAUUCACCACGGUAUUAGCUAUCAACACACACUCAGACUUGCACUUGUUUUUUUAGGGCAGCUCAAAGACGUCAUCAUUUAGCAUUUGUGUUUUGGGUUCAGAUAUUUAUACAUACACGUGAGUGUAAAGCAAUGCAAAAUAAACAGCGAGAGUUGUUGAAAAACUGAAAAUGAACUGUUGAGACUUGAUUAUAGAGUCAGCGAGAGAUGGGGAGGUGGGGGCACACAUGCAUUGCCUUUGUGUCUUUGAGUUUAUUUUUGGAGUUCAGUUCUCUUGCUUCACGCGGUUUAACUAAAUAAAUUAGUGUACAGAAGUGAUUGCAAACACAUGUAGUGAAUUAGCUUUUUGUGGAGAAUGAUAAAUCACUGGCAUAUCAUCACAUAUCUCCUUGACCACUUCCAACAUCACACUCAUCAUCCAGACACAGACUCCCUUUUAAACGCUGACAUCCAUUGAGAAACAUUUGCAACUCAGCAUGCUUUCAGCGGCGGAUUCAUUUGCAGCUCUACACCACGGCUCCGUGUCUAUAAAAGCUGAUAAUGUGAUAAUUAAAGGAGCUGACAGGCAAGAAGUCAGCGAGAUGCCUGAUUUACCAGCCGCUGCUAUUUGUUAUCCUUCUCAGAUUACAGCGCCUCCACCCAUGUAUUGUAUGGGACAUAAAGUAUCAGCGGAAACAAUUAAUUAGGUAAGGAAUGUUGUGAAAGCAUGGAAAGUCGAGGGGGUCUCAGUGGAGGACGCCGUGAUGGUAUCGUCCCGGAAACAUCACAGGAUCUGAUUCAAAUCUGAACACAGGCGUUUCCAGCAGACAAAAGAUCACUGCCAUCUCUCCCUCACUCUCUCUCGCCAUCCUCUCUCAACCACACUAUGAUUUAUUACCUGAAAAGACAAGAGAACUAAUUAGUGGAGUAAUUAAUUAAUAUAAAUUUGCAUAUUUGCAUUUGCAAUUAGUGCAGUCAACUGAUUAGUCUGAGAUGGGGAGUUUGACUUAUCAGAUGCUUGUGUGUGUGUGUGUGUGUGUGUGUGUGUGUGCGUGUGCAUGCGUGUCCUGGACCAGAACGAUCAGUCGACCAGCUGAGGCAUUUUGAAGAAGGGGAGGGGGCUGAGAUUAAGGAACUGUAUUUCUUUUAUACCCCAUUCCUUUAUUUUGGGCUGUACACAUGUACAGUAUGUGUGUGUGUGUUUGUGCACAUGAACACCACCCACACUCCUGGUGCAUAUACACAUUCUGCAGUGAAGUGCUGUCACCGUAGAAAGUGUGACUUUACCGUCACAUCAUCUCCGAGCGACGCUUUAAACUCACUCCCAGGUGUAAUCACCACGCUACACCAAGGCUGUGCGGCCGGGCCACACCGCCGCUGAUCGAUGUCUUGUAAUGUCCAAUACAGAGAGAAUAAGUCGCUUUAAUUGAUUCUCCUUGCAACAAGGUCAUUCACAGGCACAAGCUCGUGUGUGUGUGCGUUCCACAUAACUGAGGAGGGCAUAUACCCAUAUCAAGUGCCAGCUGUGCCCCACUGUGGAUUUGGCAGCCUGCCACUGGGCCUUUUUUCCGUGGGGUGUACUUAAUGUCUAUGGUCCUGAGGUAGCAGCACUGUGCACACUCCUCUGGUAUGCCCAGCCUCGCCAUUCAAGGCGCCUGGUGGAAUUUAUCAACCUAUUUUAUACAGAAAGUAUCCAUCAGUACAUUAAUCUUUCGUGGCUUAAACCUUAGAUGUGAAGAUAUGCUGCUUUUUAUUUCUCACUGACACAUAUUACGUGAGAUUACAUAUAGGGUUCGAAUCAAUAAUCAAAAUAAUGAUUUUGCAUAAAUUGCCAUAUUGUCAACUCUGCUUUAUUGCUCUGCAUAAUUGAGUAAUGUUCUACAAUUUUAUAUUCUGUUUUUCGGUUGACAGUGUUACAUCUGUCCAGGGACGACACAUGGAAAAUAGCCUCUCUGCUCACUCUGGUACACUUAAAGUGCACUGUUUAACUCAAGCCUUCAUUUUCCUUCAAAUAAAGUACAAACAUUAACAUUCAAUUGAGCAGUGACUAUAGAUUAUAACUGCCCUACUAGUAGGAAAGACACAUUUUGUCUAUAUGUCAUUUUAAAGUCAAACACAAAUGUGGUGAGAAUGUAAAUCAGCAGUCUGAUCUGGCUCAGUCGUCUCUAUAUAUAACAUUUAUGGGACACAUUUUCGUAUUGUUCUGUUGACAAUAGUCUGAUAUGUGUUAAAGCGUUGAAGCUGUGACAUCACAUUUGUGUACAUUGUAUAUUCACUGUGACAUCACCUCUGAUGUUAGUAUGCUGAGCUGUGAUAAAGGCUCCCGGAGCUGUCCGAGCAAGACCUUCAAGUACACAACAUCACAUUUAACGCACUGUGGUAUACUGUGUCAUUUUCGAUCCUCUGUCAGUCCAGACGUGCCUUUUGUGUCCUCCUUAUUUGCUGCUCCUCAUUCAUAAUUGCUUUAAUUUCAUGUAAUUUAAUCAAGGGGAGGUCUUUGUGGAAGAGUUAAGCCUCGUGCUGCCUCCCUCUGUGUGGAGGAUGAGACGCAGUUCAGUUAUGCAACAGUACAAAUAUGAAGACCCAAGUUUUUAAGUCCCAAACUUAAAGUCCCGAAAUGUAUUUAUUUAUUUUAUUUUUAAUUUAAUUUGGGUUAUUUAUUAAAAUCUUGACUUGCUGUUCAUUUUUGUAUCUAUUUAAAAUACGCUGGUUGCCCCCUCCUAGCUAUCUAUUUUUUACUUCUCCAUCUCUCCAUCAUCCAUCUUCUGCUCAUUUCACCUGUUGAGGAACUCUGUCACGCGCGCCCUCCUCUCCAUUGUUCCAGGACGAAAAUUCAUACAUUAAUUCAUCUUUCUCACAAGAAGAAGAAGAAGGCGCCGAUAUUCGUUGUUAUCCCUCUCCGGUCUGUGUUUGUGACUGUAAACGCGGGCCUCCCGGUGCCCAUUACCGGAGCUGCCAGAUGAUCGGCGCGGAAUGGAGGUCCCACGGGACACUGAGCACGUGGUCUCUGCUGCCACAAGACGUCAGCGGCAGAUGGCAUGGGUACCCGCUGUUGGCAUGAGUGUCAUUCCUCAAAGAGGGGGGGAGAGAAAGAGAGAGAGAGAGAGAGAGAGAUCCAGCUUUUUCCCUUUAAUUAGAGGUUUAGACGCUGCAGCGCACAUUCACUGGAGAUAUUCGGGACCAUGCGAGGUGCACGCUGACCGCAGGUUAGUGUGAUUUCUAUCAACUUGUUUGUGAAAUGUUCCUCACUCUUUCGGGUUUUAUGUAGUUAUGCUGAAUGAAUUUGUUGUAUACAUUUUGAAUAAUAAUCAAAAAAAUAAUUACACUAUCAGGUCUAACAAAACAAUUGGAAUAAAUGCAAAGAAACUAUAAAGUUGACUGUCAUUGAAAGUGCUACAAGCUGUGACAUUGGCCUUACACUUGUCUGCUCCUCUUCCUCUCGGGAGGAGGAACCAUUCACGAGGUAAUUAAGUGACAACCUUGAAAAGACGUCGCUCUGUAUAUAGUCUGAUCCUGUCUCUGCUUUGAUCGCACAGGAAAUAUGUUGACGCUGCCAUUCGAUGAACCCCAUAUGAUGUGUGAGCCGCGGUUUGGUGCCGAUUAUCCCCGUGACAGUUUACCUGAGAGCCUGGAGCACGAGAGACAGCGCAACGCCGACAGGCCAGUGAUGCGGGAGGCCGAGGACGAUAUCUCCGACAGAGAGGACGACGAAAGAGACGACGACCAAGACGAAGAAGGACUUCCUAAAAAGCGGGGGCCCCGGAAAAAGAAGUCCGGCAAGGAGCAGGAUAGGUCCAAACUACGGCGCAUGGAAGCCAACGCCCGCGAACGCAGCAGGAUGCACGGCUUAAACGCCGCGCUGGAGAGCCUGCGCAAAGUUGUCCCGUGUUACUCCAAAACUCAAAAACUGUCCAAGAUUGAGACUCUCAGACUGGCUAAAAACUACAUCUGGGCCCUGUCAGAGACUCUGAGCGCGGGGAAGAGACCGGACCUCCUCGCCUUUGUACAGACUUUGUGCAAAGGAUUAUCACAGCCCACCACCAACUUGGUGGCGGGUUGUUUGCAGCUGAACGCCAGGAAUUUCCUCACUGACCAAAACGGGGAGGUCAUGUUCCCUGGCAGAUCGCCCUACGAUGCCAUGUACUCGUACCCCGGCACAGACAUGAACACGCCCCCCGGCCACAGCAGCAGCACCUUGGACAGCGGCGCCAAAACGUUCCGGCACUACAGCUACAGCGGCGCCUACGAGCCAUACUUCGAGAACCCCUCCCCGGAGAGCGGGAGCCCGCACUUCGAGGGCCAGCUGAGUCCCCCGAUGAACUUCAACGGGAUUUUCUCCCUAAAACACGAGGAACCGCCUGACUACGGCAAAGGCAGCCACUAUGGCGUGCGCUACUGCGGUGCGCCAGGGCGCACGGCUCUUGCGCACAACUCCAUGUACCGAGUCUCCCCAGAGGCCCGUUUCCCGUACGAUCUGCACGUCCGCAGCCAGUCCUUCCAAGCACAAGGGGAAGUUAAUGGAUCUUUCCAUAAUUAAUCAAUCAGCUGGACAAAGUUCAAGUUUCAGAAGCGAUGCAAUUUUCUCCCCCCGCAGAAUGGAACCAAACUCCAGAAAUACAGAUGCACAGCGAAAAAAAUGUCUAUUUUAUCAUUUUAAAUGCAGUAUUGUUUUUUUUCUUUGAAACAAAGCAAAAGCCUGUAAAUGAUAUAUGUUGAUUUCCUUUGUUCUUUAUUUUGAAUUUGUGUCUGAUUUGAGGCAAAAAGCAGGAAAGUUGACUCUUCUAAUUUUAUUUAUAGAAAACGAAGACAUUUGCAUCACAAUCGAUGUCACAGAAAAUCUUAUUAAACAUCUCGUGUGUAAAACAAUUCAUGGUACAUAUAUCAUGACAGUGGAGGUUAUACUUUUAUAUCACUAAAUUAAUUCCCGUUGCAAAAUAAUAAUAAUAAUAAUGAUGAUGAGAAUAAAAACAAUGGUGGAGUGUUCACUUCACUUCUGAAGUUUUCUGACCCAUAAUUGGACUUCAGCGAUUCAGUCUGUUGGCAAUAAAGGUCAACUGAGCUAUGCAAGGCAGCCAAAUGAAAUCUUUGCUUAUAUAAAUAAAAAAAAAAGAAAAAUGAUAUAUGUCUAUUUCCUCAAGGCGUUUCUCAUAAUCGAAUAUCUAAUUAAAACGGUGGCAAUCACACGAAAUUAAUUAUGAGAAAAGAUCCAGUUUGGAGAGACGUGCACGUGUUUAGGAGACCUGGUGAUGAUGAUGAUGUCAUCUGAUGAAUUAAAUACAGGAAGUUGGGGGGGGGGCAAGAUAAAUUAAAUGCAUUUGUAUUUGGAGUAAAUAGUGUGGUAACGAGGUGAAUGUAUAAAUAAUUAUUGUAUUUAUUUAUUAAUUGAUUGAUUUAGUUCAGCUUAUUUAUUCCGAGUCCGUCGAUUUGAAUGUGGAUAAUAUAUUAUUAUAGAAAAAUGAUAUUGUACAAUUCAACCACAACAGUGUGACCUUUUAUGUGAAUUUCCACUUGUUCGGAAGUUUCUUUAUGUUUCAUUGUGUACUGAGCGUUGGAAGUAAAACAAAAAAACGAGAAAAAAAAACAUGUUUCAUUCUUUUCGCGUGAGGUGAAAACAGACUUUUUCAACACAAACAAAAAUAAUAGUAUAUGAGAAUAAAAUGCCUUAAAAAAGGGAGAUGGCGGCCGUCAAUAUGCAACGAAAUGAAAGUUUGGGAUUGUUUGAUGUGAACUUUUUACACUUGUCCUCGCUCCUGCUGCUGCACAGGAGCAACUGUGAUGCACUCCAUGUUAUUCCUGCACAAUGUUGGUGACUGUACUCACAUAAACUCUGUUGAUUUUGUAACUUU